UACACAGCAAUCGUGUGUAUUUCUCUCUUCUGGUGCUUCACAGAACCCCAUUGGGUGAGCCUCCAGUUGGUUUCUUCACAUUUGGUCCCAGUCCUGGGGACUGAAGCCACAGCCUGAAAGGCUGCAACCAGUGCAGGGACGUAAAGCCACAGCCCCAGCUAGAGAGGCCAGAGCCAGCCAAGGGCCUAAGGCCACAGACACAGCCGGGGAGCCCAGCACUGGCCCUGGCACUUAAAGCCACAGCCUGAGAGGCUGACAUCAGCCCUGGCACUCAAAGCCCCAACCAGAGAUGCUGGCACAGGCCCUGGGAUUCGUUUCCUAAGGGUUCCCCUGAGAAUCCAUUGACCAAUUUGAAGCCAUACUGGACUUGACUGUUUUUUAUUGGGCUGCACAAGAGUCAUCUUCACUUCUCCAUUACUUCAGAUAACCCCAUUGGGUGACCCUGGUGUUGGUUUCCUAAGACGUGGGUCUGGGAUGCGUCCAUUCCAGGAUGGAAGCACUCGCUGAGGUCACAAUCAGUGCUGGGGUGGGAGCGUUUGUGGCACAGCUGGAGAGCAGAGCUGGUGCUCUGGUGAGCGUGCUGCACACAGAGACUGAGCUCUGAGUGUUCCUUGGAAGGGAUCACCCUGGGAGAGCCCGUCAGAAGCACCGCGUGUGCACUCGUCGGUACUCUCUGCAGGGUUCCUGUCCCAAGGGAGAUUUGUGGAUCGAGGCGGUCUUAGGAAGAGGGAAGCCAGCUCCUUCCAAGGGCCGGGGAAGUUCCUGUGCACAGAGGCCUGGGAACUUCAGCUUCCUCUGAGCCUUCAGCGGCCAUGUCUCAACAAGGAGACGACCGCGGUUCCAAUUGCUGCCGUGUGAGUGGCAAGGUAUGGCUGGGCUUCUUCUGCUUGGUUCUUCCUUUACCUUGUUUUCAAGGGGAAGGGACGGAGCAGGGGGAGCCCUGCUGGUCCUCGGUGACCUCAGUAACCGGUUGGAUUCAGCGCUCACUGCUGACAGCCUGGGCUAACAACGUGGACGUGGCUCAGGCUGUCUUUUCGCUUAGUGAUAGUGUCUCAGCACUCUGAUAUGCCAUCUGUGGCACGAUCUGGAACCUCUCUGCAAACCUUGGCUGCCCAGUUCCCACCACCGUUUCUUCCUUUCUCUCUUCAGAAGCGGCGCGGCGCGGUUCCCCGCGGUUGGGAGCAGCAGCCAGCAGGCUGCCAGAGAUCCAACCGCGCCUUGCAGCGCACAGAGGGACGCAACAGGGACGGACCGUCCUUCCUGCCGUGCAAAAGGACAGAGCCUGCGCGUCCACGGAGUGGUGCUGGGCAAGGCUGGAAACGCAAAGCCUCCGCAGAAGCUGAUGCGAGCGGCCUUCCAGCAAAGCGCAGCCUUGCAGAAAGGCAAGGCAGAAGCGCCCAGUGUGGCACAGCACCCAAGAGAGAGAUUGGUGCUGAGCCAAAUGACAAAAUCUAUGUGAAAGUGGUCCAGCAGGUCCAUACUGAGAGAGCUUCGCAACGAACAGCAGCUCAAGCUCCUUUCCAGGCUGGAGGUCCUCUUAGAAGAGCAGGUCCCAGCACAGGGGGAAGACCUUCCCCUGCCGUGUGCCCCCGCUCUGAAUCCAACACCCUGGCAGGAUGUAAACGCAAGGCCUUGGAGGAAGAGAAACCAACAGCAGCUCAGCUGCCUUCCAAUAAGAGAGUGAGGGGGCCGAGUGGAGACAGUGUGCCGGCUCCAGCAGCACACCCUGGGCCUGCUGCUGCGCGGAGCUCCAAGCAAAGAGGUGAGAAGGUGCUGUGGUACCCGCCAUGCUGAGGCACUUCCCUGUGCGAGCACACUGAGUUUGCUCAGGGUUGGCUUUGCUUUUUCCUUCUCUGUGGAGGGGAAAAGAGUAGAAGGCUACAAGGUCCAAAGGCAGUGAGGUGCCAGAACGUGUAACCGUCUCUUCCCGUAAACUCUAUGGCAGUCUUCUGCACGUCCCCCUGGAAAUGUCAUUCACUGGGAGGCUUCCUAGUCCCAUUUCCUCUGUCUUUUUGCUGCCUUCUGCUUGUACGGCAUGGAUGUUUCUGCCGUUUCACUGGAGACAAAAUGAAUUCAUCUCUUUUUCUUGCCUUACAGAAAGAAGACGACAACGAAAAGAGAGGAGAGUGGAGCUGAAGAAGGCUGCCCUCAGAGCUGCCGCUGCACGUGCCGAGGUGAGUCCUUGGUGAACACAGACACGGCUCUUGUUGUUCUCAGGGCCUCUGUCUGUCACACAUGAAAGGAAGAGACUGUAAAAUCCCGAGGGAAGUGGUGUCCUGUUUCUACCCUCGCUCCGUUUCUUCCCAGGCCUCCGCAGUGGACAGCCUUGUGGAGAUGAUGCAGAAGCUGCAGCUGAAGGACUGAGAGGAGGAGCGUCAGCAGGCAGCAGCUUCUGCAGUGCGCGGCAUUUCAGGGCAGCGCUGAGUGCCGCCCAUCUCAGCACUCCACCUUCAAACGUAGUCAAUAAACACCAGUCAAAUUUAUAGAUUCACAGAGAGCGCACGGCCUGAUUUGUCCAGCAGCACUCGGAG